GCCGGCGGCAGCCCCUUCCACUGGGGGGCGGCGGACGCGGCCGCGGAUGGCAGCGCCCACGUCGCGCCCGCCUGCGCCCAGGUCGCACAGCCCCUGUCCCCAGCGCGGCAGGGCGGUUCCAUCAGCCUGUGGAACGGCGCGCGGCUCGCUGCCCAGCCGCGCUCCCCGGCGGCGCCGCGGCCCGCCGCGGAGUUCGCAGCCUCGCCGAGGCCAGCGAGGCUGGCGGCAGGCGUGGCGCGCUCCCCGACGGUGCCGCGGCCCGCCGCGGAGUUCGCGGCCUCGCCGGCCACGGCGAGGCCAGCGGCGGGCUCUGGCGUGGCGCGCUCCCCGACGGCGCCGGCCACGGCGAGGCCAUCGGGGGGUGCAGCGCCGCUGUGGGCGGCGCGGGCGCCGCCCGCCGCGCCCGCCGCCGUGGCGCGGGCCAGGGCCGCAGCCGCUGGCGGGGACGCCCGGCGCUGCCAGUCGCUGCCGCCUCCCGGGGCCACCGCCGUGCCGCGGCACAUCUCCGCCUCGCUCACCGCGCCGGCUGCGGGCGCCGCGGCGGAGGCCCGCCGCGAUCCGGCGAGUGGCCUGCGCGCGCUCGGCGGCGACCGCAUCCGGCCGCUCUCCGCGGGCCUGGGGGCGGCAGGCGCCCAGCCGCGUGCCCACGGCGCGCCGGCGCGCUCGGCCUCGCCAGGGGCCCGCUCGAAGGAGAAGGCCCUGGAGCUGGACAGGAGGUUCCGGGACGCGGGGAAGGCACGGCCGGCGGCGGCGGGGCCUCCGACCGAGGCGGGGCUGCCCACGAAGCACGCGCAGCAGCCACUGGCUCGGCCCGCCGCGGCCGGGCCUGCGGCGGAGGCGGGGCAGCUCACCAGGCACGUGCAACAGCAGCCGCUUGGACAGCCGGGGCCAGAUCUCGGAUGCUCCGCCACCCCGCCCCCGGGGAGCGAGGAGCGCCGGGGGAGUUCUGGGCACACCGGAGACGCCGGAGUGGUCCGGCUGAGCUCGCCGAUAGGCAACGCGCGGCGGCUCCCUGAGCUGUACGGCGUCAGCGAGUA